AUGAGUGAAAUUAAAUCAUUUGGUAAAAGAAUUUUAAAGAAAUGGACUACCAGAGAAGGUUUUUUUGGUGAUUAUGAUUAUGGAUAUCUUUUCAUGCCAGAAAUUCCUUUCACUAAAAAAGCUCCAAAGACUCAACCAUUCUUUGGACUUAAUUCGGAGAUGCCCUUAUUUUUAGGAUUUGUCUUAGGUUUCCAACAUGCUUUAGCGAUGUUAGCCGGGGUUGUCACCCCACCUAUUAUCAUUGGUGCUGUGGCUAAUUUAUCCGGUACUGAUCAAGGUCAAUAUCUUGUUAGUGCUUCAUUAAUUACUACGGGUUUAUUAUCAGCAAUUCAAAUUACGAGAUUUCACAUUUGGGGAACUAAAUAUUACGUUGGUACAGGUUUAUUAUCUGUUGUUGGUACAUCAUUUGCAACCAUUUCAAUUGUUACUAAAGCUAUUCCUUUGAUGUAUAAAACUGGUAUUUGUGAAACUAUUAAUGGUGUCGAACAAGCAUGUCCUGAUGCUUAUGGUAGAAUUAUUGCUACCUCAUGUGUUACUGCAUUGAUUGAAAUCUUAUUAUCUUUCAUUCCUCCAAAAGCUUUACAAAAAAUCUUCCCUCCUUUAGUCACUGGUCCUGUUGUUUUAUUAAUUGGUAUCAGUUUAGUUGAAAGUGGAUUCCAAGAUUGGAUGGGUGGUUCUGGUUGUUAUGGUGAUGUUUGUCCAUCAGCUCAUGGUACUACAGCUCCUUGGGGUUCUGGUCAAUUCUUAGGUUUAGGUUUUGUUGUAUAUUUAACUAUCAUUCUUGCUGAAAGAUUUGGUUCACCAAUUAUGAAAUCAUGUGCUGUUAUUGUUGGUUUAUUAGUUGGUUGUAUUGUAGGUUCAGCUACUGGCUAUUUCACUCAUGAAAACAUCGAUGCUGCUCCAGCUGCUACUUUCAUUUGGGUUCAUACUUUUAAAUUGAAAGUUUAUGGUCCAAUUGUUUUACCUUUCUUAGCUGCUUAUAUUGUUUUAAUGAUGGAAGCUAUUGGUGAUAUUACUGCUACCUCAGAUGUUUCAAGAUUAGAAGUUGAAGGUGAAGCUUAUGAAUCAAGAGUUCAAGGUGGUGUUUUAGCUGAUGGUCUUAACGGUGUUUUAUCAGGAUUGAUGACUAUGACUCCAUUCAGUACUUUUGCUCAAAAUAAUGGGGUUAUUAGUGUUACUAAAUGUGCUUCAAGAUCUGCUGGUUAUUGGUGUUGUUUCUUCUUAAUUGUUAUGGGAGUCUUUGCUAAAUUUGGGGGUGUUAUUUUAUCCAUUGCUAAACCUGUUUUGGGUGGUAUGACAUCUUUCUUAUUCUGUUCUGUUGCUGUUUCAGGUUUAAAAAUUAUUUCAACAACUGAAUUUACUAGAAGAGAUAGAUUUGUUUUAACUGCUUCUUUAUUACCAGGUUUGGGUGCUACUUUAGUCAGUGAUUGGUUUUCUUAUGUUUUCACAUACACUGGUGGUAAUACUGCUAAAGAAGGAUUCUUCAAUGCCAUUGUUUUAGUUAUGGAAACUGGAUUCGCCUUGACUGGUUUCUUAGGUGUCAUCUUGAAUUUAUUAAUUCCUCAAGUUAGUGACGAUAUUGAAGAAAUCAAUGAAGUUGUGUUAGAAGUUGUUGGAUCAGCCGAUCAAAGAGGUUUAGAUGCUUACGCAGCCAAGGAAAAUAUGAAAUUAGAAUCCUUAAGAUCAAAUGAACAAUCUAAAAAUUCAUCUGCUUAG